UUGCUAAACCAAUAGCUUGUUUUAGUUAACAUUAAAAAAAAUGACAAAAGAGGUUAAAAGCUUGGACGAUAUUUUAUCAAGAAACUUGAAAGAUGAAGACCUUCAAGAAGUUCAGAGGUUGUUAUAUGGUGAACCAGUUGUUAAAAUUAGUCUAACAGAAGAUUCAGUUUCAAUUGCUGCUGAUAAUAAUUUUGAAAUUUGUGGUUAUAAAAUGACAGCUCUCCAAGAGGAAGAACGCCCUCCUCGAAUUGUGCGAGUCGCUGCUGUUCAAAAUAAAAUUGUUCUUCCUACCGACGCACCUAUUUUGGAGCAAAUUAAGGCCAUUCAUGAAAGAGCUAAACUUUUUAUUGAGGCAGCAGCUAGCAAUCAAGUAAAUAUUUUGUGUUUUCAAGAGGCUUGGACAAUGCCGUUUGCAUUUUGCACUCGUGAAAAGCAUCCUUGGUGUCAAUUUGCCGAGUCUGCUGAAAAUGGUGCUACUACGAUAUUUUUACAUCAUUUAGCCAAGAAACACAAUAUGGUUAUUAUUUCACCUAUACUUGAAAGGGACGAAGCUCACCAAGAUGUUUUGUGGAACACUGCAGUAGUAAUAUCAAACAAAGGGAGUUACCUUGGGAAAUCUCGCAAAAAUCAUAUUCCUCGAGUUGGAGAUUUCAAUGAGUCUACAUACUAUAUGGAGAGUGAAUUAGGCCAUCCAGUAUUUGAAACAUUGUUUGGUAGAAUUGCUGUAAAUAUUUGCUUUGGUCGACAUCAUCCUUUAAAUUGGCUAAGCUUUGGUUUGAAUGGUGCAGAAAUUGUAUUUAAUCCUUCUGCUACAGUUGGUGCUUUAAGUGAACCUAUGUGGCCAAUUGAAGCAAGAUGUGCUGCUAUUGCAAAUUCGUAUUUUACUGUUGCAAUAAAUCGUGUCGGAAAAGAAUAUUUUCCUAAUGAGUUUACGUCUGGAGAUGGUAAACCAGCACACAAAGAUUUUGGUCAUUUUUACGGAUCGAGUUACAUAUCUGCACCUAAUGGAUCACGUACACCUGGUCUUUCACGCAUUAAUGACGGAAUAAUUAUUGCUGAGUUAGAUUUAAAUUUGUGCCGUCAAGUUAAAGAUAAAUGGGGCUUUCAAAUGACUCAAAGGUUGCCAUUAUAUGCUAAGUUUCUAACGGAUGCAUCAUCCCCUGAAUUUAAAAGAAAGAUUGUUAAAGACUAAUAUCUAAACUGAAUCUCAAUGUGUGUAAACUUAAUUCAUUAUAAAUGUUGCUAAAGUUUGAUUAGA